CUUACAUUGAAGGAGAGACUCCAUUUCCAGAACUUAGUAUGACCUUGAUGUUGGAUGAUCUCACAGUUGGAUACUUUGAUUCUGAGAUGAACACCCUUGUUCCCCGAGGUCUUAAAGACCAGGAAGAUGAUGGUGUGAUUGACCCAGAGAAGAUCAAGAUCAUAAGUUCCUUCAUGCAUACUGACUUCAAACAGAGACAUUUAUAUUUAAAACAUGUGUUAAAUUAUACUGAAAGCAUUCAAGUUCAACAGAGGCUGGUGAUGUGUGAAUUGAUGGACAAUGACCAGCCUGGACCACUUAUUAUCAAGAAUGCACUCGAAGGCACCACGCGAGAUGAACUAUGUUUUUAUGAACACAAAAUUACAUAUAAAAAUGAUUUAAAUCUCACAGAAGGAACACUGGGAUCAUUUUUGACCUUAACUCAGUGGCGUCAUGAAAAUAUCUACUACCCACUGUGCAUUAAAACACUCAGAGGUUACCUGAACAAGAGAAGCAAUCAAGUGAAAAGGAGAGUGAAGCCCAGAGUGAGGCUCAUCCAGAAAAGACGCUCAGUGUGUGGGUGGGAUGGGGUGACCUGCCUGGCCACUGGUUUCUACCCCCGUCACAUCAACCUGACCAUCUUCAGAGACGGACAGCCAGUUCCUGAUCACCUGACCACCGGAGGAGACCUGCUGCCCAACGGAGACGGAACCUACCAGAUGAGGAAAAGCCUGGAGCUCAGUGAAGAGGAGCUGAAGAGACAAAAUUACACUUGUACAGUCACCCACCUCAGCCUGGACAACAAGCUGGACAUCCAUUUGGAUUUUGAUCCAGGGGAGCCCAUCGGGCCCAUCAUUAGCUCUGUGGUGGCUGUUCUGGUCUUGGUGAGUGUGAUGGUGGCCGUCAUCUGGAUAGUAUACAGGAGAAAACGAACAGCUUCAUCUCAGGGGAAGUAUUCAUCAGCUUCCAGUACAGACGAAAGUGAGACUUGAUGAUACUAAAAAGUAAUUUGAAGACUUAUAUCUGACCAAUGGCUCUUGUGAACGAGAACUUAAAUGAAUCUAAAAAAAUGAUCUGUAUUCUCUGUGAUGGGUAUUCUCAUCUUUUUAUAUAUCAUUAUCUUAAUUAUUAGACAUGGCACUUUGUUAAUAUUUGCCAUACUCUCUGUCAUAUGUGCUAUUAAUUGAUUAUUUACAGAACUGUAACCAUUUUAAAGGCUUUGCAUGUACUUUAUAACUGAUGAAAUUUCAUGUAAUGUAGAUUGAUUUUGCAUUUUUUUGUUGGCUAAAGUUUUGAAAUAUGACUUUUGGAAAAUCAGGGAAGCACACAAAUAAAACUGCAUUGAACUGCAUUGAGAACUCUA